CCACCGUUCCACGCGUCCACGGUCCACCCACACGCAAGGUCGCAGGUCGCAACCCGCGGGCGGAGGGUCAGGCACAGGACCGUUGCGUUGCUGCCGCCGCCGGCACGAGAUCGAGGAGGGAUCCCCCGCUCUCACGCCGCUCCAGGUCGAGGGCCGAGCGAGAUGGUGAACACCUUCUUCCUCUUCUGCGGGUGCGUGGACCAGGCCAGCGUGGCGGUGGUGGAGAAGUGGGGCCGCUUCCUCCGCCUCGCCGACCCGGGCCUCCACUUCUUCAACCCCCUCGCCGGGGAGUGCGUCGCGGGCUCCCUCACCACACGCGUCCAGUCCCUCGACGUCCGCGUCGAGACCAAGACCAAGGAUAAUGUCUUCGUCCAACUGAUCUGCACAAUCCAGUACCGUGUUGUCAAGGAAAAUGCAGAUGAUGCUUUCUAUGAGUUGCAGAAUCCCCAGCAGCAAAUCCAGGCCUACGUCUUUGAUGUUGUUCGGGCCAUAGUGCCGAGAAUGAAUCUGGACGAUCUCUUUGAGCAGAAGAACGAUGUGGCCAAAGCUGUAUUGGAGGAGCUUGAAAAGGUGAUGGCAGAUUAUGGUUACAGCAUUGAGCACAUUCUCAUGGUUGAUAUCAUCCCUGACGCUGCUGUUCGUAAGGCAAUGAACGACAUAAAUGCAGCCCAAAGGCUUCAACUGGCAAGUGUUUACAAGGGAGAAGCAGAGAAGAUCCUUAUGGUGAAGAAAGCGGAGGCAGAAGCAGAGGCGAAAUAUCUUUCUGGUGUCGGUAUCGCUAAACAGCGGCAGGCGAUAACCGACGGCCUUAGAGAGAACAUCCUGAACUUCUCACACUCGGUGUCGGGCACCAGCGCGAAGGAGGUCAUGGACCUGAUCAUGGUCACGCAGUACUUCGACACCAUCAAGGAGCUCGGGGACGGCUCCAAGAACACCACGAUCUUCAUACCCCACGGACCAGGCCACGUGAAGGACAUCAGCGAGCAGAUCCGCGACGGCAUGAUGCAGGCCUCAAGCAGCAACGUGUAAAUCACCGACUCUCUGCACGAUUGGAGACGGCUCGGCUCAGGAUGAGGCCUGGAGUACCAUGUUCAUAGUGUUAGGUUGUUGUUAGUGGUAAAUAAUGAGUGCUGGGGCUUUUGGCGAGUCUUGAGUUACAUGCGGUUGUACAACUAGUGUGGUUUGUUUUAUAUAUAAAAAUGUAUAUUUACAUGGUUCUGCUCCUGGAAUUUUGACUUUUUAUGGUUUGGA